AUGUUUUCAAUGGAUGGCCAGUUAUCGAACCAGCCGAAUGACAGCAUCAUGCUCCUUUCGGUGAUGUGGUCUGAGUUCAGCGUUGCAGCAGUUAUACUGACAGCUCGAAUCCUCACUCGUACUCUGGUUAUUUCAAGUUGGGGAUGGGAUGAUAUGAGCAUUUGCCUUUCGAUGGUACUGGCUAUCAUGGACACGUCUCUACUAACAGCCAGUGUUCGUCAUGGACUGGGAAAGCAUGCCACGAGUCUCACAGAAGCUGAGUAUACCAAUGCAAAUAGAUACAAUUGGAUCUCGCAGGGUUGCCAUGUUAUGUCGACGAACUUUGGUAAAGUGUCCGUCAUAUUGUUCCUGUUACGGAUUGUCGUGAAUUCUCGGUCACAGAGGGUAUUUCUAUACACGGUAAUGGCCAUGUUAAUGGUCAUCAACUCCGUUUGCGUCUUUACCAUCUUCGGCCAGUGUACACCGACUUCGCGGCUGUGGGAUCAGGAUAUAACAGGAUAUUGCUGGCCACCGCACUACCAAAGGGACUAUGCAUUCUUUCAGGGUUCCUUUUCAGCUCUCUCGGAUGGCCUCCUUGCCAUAUAUCCUAUCUUCGUCAUAUGGAAAUUGCAGAUGUCAAGAAGAACUAAAGCCUGCCUUGGGUGCGUUUUGGCUCUGGGCAUAGUGGCAAUGAUCGCGGCUAUAAUUAAGACCAUAUUCCUCGCUAGUCUAACGGCCCGAAGCGAUUAUACCUAUGAUACUAUCUCCCUUACCAUCUGGACGAAUACAGAACAAUAUCUGAUCAUAAUAGCGGCCUGUAUACCUCCGCUUGGCCCGCUUCUGAAGAUUGCCAUGGGGAAAACCCCUACUGCGCAGCAGUCUAGUUCCAACAAAUAUGCAUCCAAACACUACUCGGGAGAGCAGCAAAUUAAGCACCCCGUAUUUAUACCGAAGGAUUCGUUGCUGUCUACUAACGAAUCAAGAUGUUAUCCCCUACGGGAGUAUAAGGGACGCUCACGGAUAUGGGGAGAUGGUAGUGAAGGCAUGGUGGACCUUGACUUUCGUGAAGUUCGAGCAUCACAACUUAGUGGCAUCAUGAAAACCACGGAGGUUCAUAUUGAAAGUAACAAGGAUCCAGUGGAAUAA